CGCAUCUCCCAAGUCCUAACUAAACGUUCUUCCCUCGUUUUAUUCUUGACUGGUAGCUAGGGUUUCUUCUCUCUCUCCUAACUCAUUUCUGUGUCUCUCUCUCACUCAUAUCCUCAUUAUGAAAAUCUUCGAGUUUCUAAUCCUAUACAGAUCAUGGACACCAUCGAAACUUCUUCAGAUAAUCACAUCGACAGUGAAGAUUUACCGAUUGGAAACCAUAUAUUCUCUGAUGAAGAUAAUCACAUCGACGGUGAAGAUUUUCUGAUUGGAAACGAUAAAAUAUCCGAUGAAGAUAAUUAUAUAGACGGUGAAGAUUUAUCGAUUGGAAACGAUGAAUUUUCCGAUGAUCUUCGCGAAUUACAGAUUAAAAACGACUCUCUUGUUGCGGAGCUCGAAGCUCUUCGCACAUCGUACCAUAGCCUCCAAUCGAAAACGACGGUCACGGAUGAAAACUUAGCCCUACUCCAGCAGCAAAAAGACGAAGCUGUGAAGCACAAUGUCGAUCUUGCAAAGGUUAUUGAGGAAGUCUCGAGAGAAAGAGACACUCUUCGCGACGAGCUUGGUGGACUCGAGGUGUCUUCGAGAGAGCGAGAGGAUGAGUUGGUGAGAAAGUUUGAUGAGCAAUUAAGGGAAAAGGAAGAUGUUCUGAACGAGCUCGGAGCUUCUAGAGAGACAAUUAAGGAGUUGUUUGACGAGAAGAGUGAGUUAGUGAGAAAGUUUGACGAUGAAUUGAGGGAAAAAGAAGAUGUUCUGAUCGAGCUUGGAGCUUCUAGAGAGAGAACCAAGGAGUUGCUUGACGAGAAGAGUGAGAAAGUUAGGGUUUUAUUGGAGAAUUUGGAAUCCCUUAAAUCGGUCAAGGAGUGUCUGAUAAGGGUAAUUGACAGCAUGGAUGAAGAUGAAGUUGGAGUUACUAUUGAUGAAGGAGAGGAAAUGAGAGAAGAAUCGGAAGUAGAUGAAGAAUUGAGGGCAUUUUUGGUAGAAUCAAAGGCGGUUUCAAAGUUUGCGAGCUUGGUGGAGUUGAAGUUGAUUGCAAAUCAGGAGAUGAGGAAGAAAGAGAAGAGGGAGUUGGAGAACAGUGUAGUGAGUUUGACAGAGGAGAAUCGGGACAUCAAUAGCUUGCUUAGGAUUGCUUUGGUGGAAAAAGACGCAGUUGAGAAGAGUUUGAAUAGGCUAAAAGGAAACAGUGAACAGAAGAAGGGGGCGAUUUUGCAGAUUGCUGAGAGAGGGUUGCAGAGGGUGGGGUUUGGAUUCAUGAUGGGGGCUGGAACCAAUGAGACAUCAUUGGAUAAUAUGGGAGCUAAUACGGUCGGAAAAUCAGAUGGCAGUGAAGGCGAAGAGGAGGGUGUUAGCCUGGCCUCAACUGUGGAGAGGAUAAUGAAGAAUCUACGACUUGAAAUCACCCAAUUAAGGAGAUCAUUGGAGGAUUCUAGGUCAGACACUGAGCGCCUACAGAGUCUCACAGAGAAACAAGCUCAAAUAAUUGCAGAAAACACAUCAUACAUAAAAGAGAUGGAAGAUAGAGAGAUAAUAGUAGCUCAAAAUAUUGAGGAACUCCUGAUGGAAAUAAAAGAAACUGAAGAAGAAGUUGCUAGAUGGAGGGAAGCUUGUGAGUUGGAAGUGGAAGCUGGAAAGAAUGUCAUUGAAGAACGUGACAAAGUGGCUUUUAUUCUGAAACAAGAAUUGGAAAAAACAAAGGCUGCUUUAGAAGUAUCAAAUGGCAAACUAAAGCUGAAAGAUGAACUAGCUGCCGCUGCCAUGGCUGCCCAAGCAGCAGCAGAGAGGUCUCUCCAGCUGGCUGACAGCAGGGCUGCUGGACUGCGUGAGCGGAUUGAGGAGCUAACAAGACAAUUAGAAGAAGCAGAAAGCAGGGAGCGAAGUAACCGUAAGGUUAGGUACAUUUGUUGGCCAUGGCGAGCCCCCAAAGAGAACCCUGCUAAUGAUACAAACACUAGAUUUCAGAAUGUGAGACGGAUGCUACCAGAAAUGCAAGCCUUGCUUCAUUCUAACGUGUGACAUCUUAAUAUCUUUUCUCAACCUUGUUAAAUGUUAUUUGUUCUCAAAUUGCUUGAUUUACUGUAUAAUCCACUUAUCAAUAAUUUUUGCUUUUCAAUUUC